AUGGACAUAGAAAACGACUACUUCCUCGUUUCGCUACGAACACGCUCAGAUUUAUUGGCUGCCCUUUCCGAUGGCCCAUGGACAAUUUUUGGACAUUACCUAACCGUUGAACCAUGGUCGCCGGAUUUCACCUCCUCACAAUUGUUUCCUAGCAGAAUUGUGGCAUGGAUUCGUCUUCCGGGAUUAUCGGCAACCCUCUAUAAACGCAGCCUUAUUACUAAUAUUGGUGAAUGCAUUGGGAAGGUUGUUAAAAUUGAUUAUAAAACGGAAACUGAUCGUCGAGGACGAUUCGCAAGAAUGGCGGUAAGUGUGGACCUGAAAAAACCGCUAACCUCGAAGCUUUUAAUCAAUGGGCGUGUUCAGAUUGUUGAAUACGAAUCACUGCCUACAAUAUGCUUCUCAUGUGGUCGGUAUGGACAUGUAAAGGAUAUCUGCCCAGAUAAAAUUAUUGUCGACAAGCUGGACUCAAAUUACCAAAAGGAGCAAAUAAGCGAACCACAUUUAUCGAUUACCAACCAAAACUCUGAACCAUUUGGACCAUGGAUGGUUGUUGAGCGAAGGCAACGGAAAAACAUCGAUGAUGUUACUGCUGUUGCAUUUGAUAACCAAGCUACAUAUACCAGCAAAGUUACUCACACGCCAAAUGUUGCUCAGACUCCUCGUGCUCAUCAUGCUUCUCAUGGCCCGAAUGUCUCUCAUGUUUCCAAUGUGACUAAUGCUCUUUCUUCAGCUAAUCACGCAUAA